AUGUCGGAUGCAGGUGAUAACCAGGGUGCAGCGAUCGACCGCACUGAUAGCGAUGAGUCGUUAAUCUUAAUGACCUCCUCUUCGCCUGCUGCUGCCAACUUUGUCCAGGAGACCCCCGGCGACCUGUUCGACGCCCCCAACGGUGCUGCUCUGAUCCAUGCGUGCAACUGCCAGGGCGUCUGGGGUGCCGGCAUUGCCCGUGCAUUUCACGGGCGGUAUCCUGGCGCCUACGAGAUCUAUCGCACUCACUGCCUCAUUUACCGCGACCACCCAGUCACCCACGUUAUCACCGACCUACACGGCGAGGACCCGCAGCCCUCUCUCGUUGUUCAUCGUCCCCUCGGCACCGCACUCAUGAUCCCACCACAGCAGAGUGACUUUCUCCUACACCGCCGUCGCCAUUGGAUCAUUUGUCUCUUUACUUCAGAGCAUUAUGGCAGCCGCGUGGACUCGGAGGAUAUGAUUGUCAAUAACACUUUUGCUGCCCUACAACACCUAAGUGGACAGCUAAGAGAUCUUCCCCAGCAGGGUUCUGAGAGAACAAAUGAGCGACCCCAGAAACUCUACUCCAACCGCUUCUGCACUGGGCUGUUCAACGUUUCCUGGGACCGCAUUAGUAAAUUGAUCGAUAUAGUCGGUCUGCAUAUCAAUGUGUACCACCCCUUUGAGGCUAGCAAGCGCCGCGCUCGUCCUGUUCGCGUGGUGAACUCCAGCGAGACCCACCAGGACUGA